AUGUUUGCGCCAAGGCCGUGUCUCUCUCUUGCACUAUGGCUAAUAGCCAUAUUCUCGAUCCCACAAUUUGGGUAUUCCGAUGCGUCAAUUGGAACAGGAAAUGGUCUACAAGACAUUGUGACCUGGGACCAGCAUUCACUUCUAGUCCGUGGAGAGCGCCUAAUGAUUUUCUCCGGCGAAUUCCAUCCCUUUCGUCUUCCCGUUCCUGGUCUAUGGCUUGAUGUUUUCCAAAAAAUCAAAGCAAUGGGCUUUACCGGAGUUUCCUUUUACGUGGAUUGGGGUCUUGUGGAAGCGAACCCGGGCCAUGUUGUCACAGACGGGAUAUGGGAUCUGGAAAAAUUCUUCCAGGCUGCGAGCGAAGCAGGCAUUUAUCUUAUUGCCCGACCAGGUCCAUACAUCAAUGCAGAGACAACAGCCGGUGGGAUUCCAGGAUGGGUAUUGAGAAUCAACGCAACCAUUCGAUCGGAUGACCCUGAAUACCUGAAAGCAACUGCCAAGUAUGUGUCGACCCUGGGUCGGAUUAUUGAACAGGCACAGAUCACGAACGGCGGACCGGUUAUCUUGGUGCAGCCCGAGAACGAGUAUACGACAUGGCCCGACACUACCGACUUUCCGUCGCAGAUGAACCGAGAGUAUAUGGCCGCUGUGGAGGAACAGCUUCUUGAUGCUGGUAUUACGGUUCCGUUGAUCGUUAAUGAUAACCAGGUCAAGGGUUACUGGGCACCAGGGUCUGGGUUGGGGGCUGUCGACAUCUACGGAAUUGAUGCGUACCCAUUACGCUAUGACUGUGCAAACCCUAGUGUAUGGCCGACAUACGAAUUCCCACAUAGCUGGCAGACUAUCCAUGAGCAACAGAGCCCAACUACACCUUUCUCCAUUGCUGAGUUUCAAGGAGGAUCGGGAGAGGGAUGGGGAGGCGUGCUUGAAGAAAUGUGCGGUGAGCUUUUGAACGAAGAAGCCGUGCGGGUUGUCUACAAGAACAACUACAGCUUUGGUGUGAAGCUUUUCAACAUUUACAUGACAUACGGUGGCACAAAUUGGGGAAACCUCGGCUAUAUGAACGGAUACACAUCAUACGACUACGGCGCGGCAAUAACAGAGGAGCGCGGCAUCUGGCGCGAAAAGUACAGCGAAGAAAAGCUCGAAGCAAACUUCUUAAAGGCAUCACCUGCCUACUUAAUCGCAACUUCAGGCAUAGGAGUCAACGGGUCCUACGGAGCCCCGGCUUCCAUCGCAGUGACUCCCUUACUCGGAAAUGGCACAAGCACCAACUUUUAUGUCGUUCGACAAGCAGAUUUCAGUUCCACAAACAACACACAGUAUACGCUUACCUUGCCAACAAGUAUCGGAAAUGUCACCAUUCCUCAGCUGGGUGGUAGCCUGACUCUGUAUGGCCGGGAUUCUAAAUUCCACGUCACGGAUUACGAUCUCGGCGGCAUCAAUUUGAUCUACUCUUCAGCGGAAAUCUUAACCUGGGCUCGGGGUGCCGGAUCGACACGUGUGUUGAUCCUGUAUGGUGGAGCGGGUGAAACACACGAGUUUGCCUUUGCUAGUCAUCUUGGAAAUCCUACCGUGACCGAGGGAGGUGAAAGCGGGAUAACAAUCCGUCUGAAGGGGUCGACCUGGGUGAUACAUUGGGAGGUGAAGUCUGAUCGCCGCAUUGUUCGUAUCGGAGAUUUGGAGAUCUACCUGCUCUGGCGAAAUGAGGCGUACAAUUAUUGGCCGCUGGAGGUUACUGCUACAGAGCCGAUCGGGAAUUUUUCGUCGCCAUCUAAAGAAUUGAUCCUUGUCAAGGCUGGGUAUCUCAUGCGCACGGCGAGCCUGUGUGGUGACGAUGUUUGUUUGACUGGCGAUGUCAACACGACAACGGAGGUCGAACUCAUUUCUUCGCCGGCAGAGAAUGUGAAGGGUAUUGUGUUCAAUGGGGAAAAAUUGAAGACCUUCACUACUGAAACGAAGAAGCUGUCUGCUACUUUGGAGUAUGAUCCUCCGCGACUGGAUAUUCCUGUUCUGGAGAAUCUAGAGUGGAAAUACUUGGAUACUUUACCCGAAAUAGGCAGCUCGUACGAUGAUUCGGCCUGGAUCGAAUGCUCCAAAACCUCGACAAACAACCCCCGAGAUCUGACUACACCGAAAAACCUAUACGCCAUGGACUAUGGAUUCCAUACAGGAUCAUUGCUCUACCGUGGUCAUUUUACUGCAAAUGGGCAUGAGUCAGCUCUGUCGUUGAACAUCUCCGGUGGUACAGGUUUCAGUCAUUCGGUCUGGCUGGGCGGCACUUUCCUAGGGGCAUGGACUGGAUCAAGUGUCAACUCUACAGUCAUUCAGAAUAUUCCAAUCACCAAGGCUCUCUCUGUCGGAAGUUCCCAUGUUCUGACCAUUCUGAUCGAUAACAUGGGCCAGGAUGAAGAGGGACCAGGAACAGAUGUGAUCAAGUUCCCCAAGGGCAUUCUGAACUACGAGCUGUCGGGACACAGUCAGAGCGAUAUUUCUUGGAAGGUCACGGGUAACCUUGGCGGAGAACAGUAUCGAGAUCUGGCCCGUGGGCCGCUGAAUGAGGGAUCGAUGUUUGCUGAACGACAGGGCUAUCAUUAUCCCAAGCCACCUAAUGCCAAUUGGAAGGUUUCGAGCCCAGUCAAAGCUGGAAUUGCGGCACCAGGUGUUGGGUUCUACACAACUUCCUUCAAACUUGACAUCCCGAGUGGAUGGGAUGUUCCAAUGAGCUUCGUUUUCAACGGUUCAUCGAUACAACAAACUGGGCUCAAUUAUCGAUGUCAGCUAUUUGUUAAUGGGUAUCAAUUUGGAAAAUAUAUCAACAACCUCGGCCCUCAGACGUCCUACCCGGUUCCAGAGGGUAUUUUAAACUACAGUGGAACCAACUACAUCGCACUGACUCUCUGGGCUCAAGAUGAAGAAGGCGCUAAGCUGGGUGGGAUCUCUCUGAUACCGACGGCAAUUAUUCAAUCUGGGUACAGCAAGCCGGGACUCGCGCCACAGCCUUCAUGGACACGCCGAGCAGGAGCGUACUAG